UAAGGAUGGGUAAUUCAUUUCUUUUCGAAAUAUAUAGUAUGACUUAGUCUAUGAUUGCUUCUUAAAAUAUAGAGUGCAGCCAAUGGUUUGAUUACAGCUAAAGACAGUUUCGUGUUGGCUUUGUAUUAUUACACCAAAACCCUUCAACUCUGUUUUGAUCCUUUCGUAAUGGAAGUUGGAAAAAGAGAUCUUGAGCCGGAGACCACCACCUCCGAUCCACUUGUUGGUGAGUCUUCUUGCGGUUCUUGCCUCCCCGGCUUCCGAGCCAACGCCGCUAAAUCCUCAUGGUGGCAGCGAAUUCACAGCAACCAUCACCAUGAGCCACGGUGGUGGGUUCGAGCGUUUCUAAAGAUCCGAGAAUGGUCAGAGGUCGUGGCUGGACCACGGUGGAAGACUUUCAUCCGUAGAUUCAACCGAGAUCGACGCCAAGGCCGCGACUGGGACGAUGCGGCCAAAUUCCGAUAUGAUCCUUUGAGUUACAACUUGAGUUUCGAAGAUGAAUACAAAGACGACGAAGCAGGAUUUGGUGGACUCCGAAGCUUCUCGAUGCGUUACGCUUCUGUCCCCGUUGUUUCUAGUAAAGCUCCCGCCGUUAUAAGCGUUGACCCCGUGAAACGAUGAUGACUCUUCUUGGGAAGAUCGAGUUCUCUCGCGUGAGUUGCGUUUCCUCCUUGUUUAUUUGUUUACGUGAUCAACUUUAGUUAUUUCUUUACGUGAUCAACUUUAGUUUGGUUUGAUUUAUUAUUUAUGGUUGAAAUUUACUCUAUGUAUCUAUGCGUCAUGCAUGUAACAUGUCUAAAUAUUUUGAUUCUAUGAUUGUAUGAUGGUGUUGCAUGUCCAAGCUAGACUCCACUUAUACCACCUCUGUUGGUGUAGUAAUAGCAUCAAAAUUAUUUCUCUCGCCU